CAACGAUCAAGGUCCUCGAAAUGCCAUGACGUCGCCAGAGUAUCUCUCCGCAGACAAAGUAGCCGACGUGGAAGAUGGAUAAAAAGCUGGAAAAAAGAACUCUGUGUUGGACAAGGAACAAGACUGGUGUAAGUGCUUGAUCACUUUUACCACUCUGCAACACCGCUCCGUAAUAUAUACAUCAGCCUACUGACCUCAUUCACUCUGAUUCAACACAUCAACGAUGGCAACCACAGCGGCAGAUGCGAAGGCCAUCGGCGAAAUAAACCGCGAGUGGUUUGACUCGGUGGCCGGAUCGGCGUAUCAGAUCCACUGGGUGCGCGACCUUGUCCACCAGAUCACCACUUUCCUGCGAGAAAACGUCCAAUGGAUCGUGGGCCAGCCAACCGGGUCCGGGUUGCGUGUUCUAGACUAUGCCUGUGGUCCCGGGAUCGUCUCUAUGGCAUUGGCACCGUUCGCCUCCGCCCUCCGGGGCAUAGACAUCUCGGGUGGCAUGGUGGAGAAAUACAACGAGACGGCGCGCCACCUCGGCCUGUCGCCGGAGCAGAUGCGCGGCGUUCGGGGCGACUUGCUUGGCGACGGCGACGGCGAGGUUGCCGUGCCCGACGGCCCCGAAUUCACCGGCUUCCACAUCGCCGUCAUGUCCAUGGCGCUCCACCACGUGGCCGAUCCCGCAGUUAUGAUCAAAAGGCUCGCCGAGCGUUUGGCGCCCGGCGGAUCCUUGGUCAUCGUCGACUGGGUUACACCCGAAGGCCCGGUGCCGGACCACCCGGCUGCCCAUACCGUCACCCGCCACGGCUUCAGCGAGAAGGAGAUGGCAGAGAUGUUUGCCGAUGCGGGCUUGUCGGAUUACUCAUUCAGGCUGCACCCGCAGAGGUCCAGGGUGCCGUGGGGAGAGACACAGCAGGUGUUUUUUGCAAGGGGGAGGACUCAGAGUCAGACAGUGUGAACUUGUGGUCUGUGUGUUUGAGACGAAGGAUGCGACAUCGUCCUCUGUCACACUUCCGUCUCAAUGCUUAGACAAAAGGCUCGGAGAAUGACCAAGAGCCCGGCUGGGCACACGAACUCAGAAGCUUAACAGGAAAGCUCAAGUGCAAUGAGAACUGACUGGCAAAAUGAGCCACUAGACAUGAACCCGAGUUAAUAGUACUCCUAAACAACAAGAUUGUCAG